UAUGGCUGUGUUCAAUAAUAGACGGGCAACCACUUAAGCUAAUUGCUAAGUUAGGAUCGAUGGCUCGCAUUAGCAACGUUAACAAAACUGCGUGGUUAACGUUAGCUAGGUUGUGUGAAUAUGACAGUUUCCGCUACUUAGCGUCGUAGUUUCUUGACACAUUAUUUAACGUUAAACUAACGUUGGUUAGAUGCUAUGCAUUCUUCUAAUCGUUCUGUAAAACUAGGUGGAGUCUGGUGAGGCCUACAGUGUAUUUUUUUUAACAUCAGGCCUGUGGCUUAUUAUGUUGAAAUAUGUACUGUCAAACUAAUCCCCCUCUUAGACACUGGUCUAGCCAGUGACAUGACUGCAAAAAUGGUUUCAUUCCUUUAGUCAGUGUUCACGGUUCACGGUCUCUUAAUCCACUUUACCUUUCAAAUUGCUGUAAAGUUUGACAGACAUGGCCUCUACACCUCCACACAAUUUCUCCUGGGUCGAUCCAGACAAACUGGCUGGACUGGCGCUACCCAGGAUGACAUCUGAAUACCAGUAUCUGCUGGACAACGGUAUCAAACACCUGGUUUGCCUGUGUGAGAGAAAACCACCUUACUAUGACUCGUGCCCAGAGUUACAGCUGCACCACAUCAAAAUAGCGGACUUCACUCCUCCUUUACCAAGUCAGAUUGAUAGAUUCCUCUCUAUCGUGGAAGAGGCCAACUCCAAGGGGGAGGGCGUGGGAGUUCACUGCAUGCACGGUCAUGGGAGAACGGGGACCAUGCUGGCCUGCUACCUGGUGAAGACGAAGAAGAUAUCGGGGGUCGACGCCAUCAAUGAGAUCCGCAAUCUGCGGAAAGGCUCGAUUGAAACUCACGAACAAGAGAAAGCCGUGGUGCAGUUUUAUCAGCGCACAAAGUAGCUUUUACACAAGUAACAUAUGUGCUUCUGUUAGGAAGCAGAAUAGCACUGGUUUUUACAGAGAAUAAGCAUACAAUAAGUGGAAGAAGUGCCUCAAUUAUAUUGCUAAAAGAACACUUUAUCAUCUAGGAAUACGGAAAGACAAGAAUGAAUGCUUAAACAGGUAAUACAUUAAAAAAAAACAAUGUCCUGGAAAAGACAAUACUACACCCAGGGUUGUCAUUACCCACACGAUGUCCCUGGGACAUUCAACUAAGACAAACAUUUCUAAAGUAAAUACAUCCUCACACUGUCUGUUUAAAUGGUACUGUAUCUGUACUGUCAUUUUUCGUAGCACAUGGUUUCCUUUGUUUAUAUAGACAUGUUCCUCCUCUGAGGUUUCAGUUUACAAGGCUUUAAUCUUCAUUUAUGCACUGGACGCCAGAGAAAAGAGACGCUGACGCUCCUUGAAUGUGAGCUUUUCAGGAGCCGGUGCUCUCUUGGUUUUCUCCUCCUGGCUUCUGUGGGAAAAAAAAUCACAGAUAUUAGCAGAAUUACUUGAAUUUUAUUAAUAGGGAAUCAUUUAUGUGGACACAAACAGUAGCCUGUGCUUUUCUUAAAGUGCUUAUAUUAUGCUUUUUGCCUUUUUCCCUUUCUUUUAUUGUGUUAUAUAUCUUUUUUGUGCACA